GAUGGAAUUUACUAGUUUUAUUGUCAUGCUUUUUAUGCUGAUAAAAAUGCAAAAAAGUCAAGCACUGUAUUUGUAAAUCUCCAAAGAAACUCCACCCAAUAUGAACAAUAAUACAACAUUAACUUACAUAUACAAUAAGAAUUCUGUAAGUUAAUGUAUUAAUUGUCCGUCUCGGUAUGACUUGGCUGCAUACAACAGAAACCUUCAUUUACAUGCAUAAACUACUCCUUCUCAUCAUAUCUAUGCCUGCCUUUCUGUCUUAGGACACCUUCACCUCGACCUUGUUCUUUCUUGCUCCAGUGCACUGUUCCAUGUAAACCCUUUUACUUUAAGCCCACAUAAUUCUCUGACCACUACAUGCUUAAAGCCACGGGUCAAUUACAGGAUUUCGUCUGGUCUGCCUCCCAUUCAGGUUCCUCUACGGGCUUAGAAUAUAAAAUAAAAAGCUCUUCAAGUACUUUAGUCUGGUUUCUGUCAGAGAAAUGGGGCAAUUGCUGCAACUCCAAGCUUCGUCUGUCUUAAGCCGCCUGUUUGCAUGAAGUGCCCUGUUUCUCAACCCUGCCUCAAUCUCAUUAGAUGUCUUCUCGUUGCUUUUGCAGGACUACUUUCAGUCCGCAGCUGCCACUGCAGCCUUCAUUCAGAUUCACAUUUCUGUGACAGCGAGUAGAGUGCCCUCUUUAAAACUAUUUUCUCUCCAAGCACAGUGUAAGACGGACACAGUUGUAGACUUUGAGAGAGAUCCCAGGACAGAGUGUGCCUUCCACACAGCAUAUCAACCCAGGAGUGUCACGCUAGACUUUGCCAAGUAAUCUCACCCAAGACUUUACCUUUUAUAUCCCCUCAGAUCUUAUUACUUUUUUCCCCCUGACUUUCAGAGCAGUCACAGCACCUGUUUUCACUGUCUCCACCACUGAACCAUUUCCAGAAAGAUACACCAUGUCUGUCCCCAUUUGCUCCUCGAUGCGAUGUUUCUAUGUGGAAAUAGAGAAAUUGUUGGAGUUCUCUGUGUGCGAGUGUGUUUGUAUGGGCACAGGCGCUUGCAUGUAUGUGCAUGCAUGUCUGCACACAUCUGUGAGAUUCAUUAUUCCACAAGUGGAGACUACAGAUGGAAAAUAUGAUUUGGGAUGAUGAUGCCUCUUUGACUCAGCAGGGAGAAGAACCAAACAGAGAGAUCCCAAUGGAAGUAGAUGUUUUUGUAUUCCAUCAGUUUGCUCAUCUUUUUGCUCACAGUCUUCUACAGACAGCAAAAACAAACACAAAGACACAAAAAACCAUGCAAACAAACACAUCAAGCCUCAGUUUUUUUUUUAGCAAAGGAUUUAUAAGGAUGCCUGUUUUCUCGCUCCUAAAAUAUUGGAAAACUUGUGCAGCCAAUAAGUGUGUCUGUGACUCAAUGUGUGUGCGUGUGUGUGUGUUUUGUGUGUCUCAAUUUGGAGAGUGAAGAGUGUAAAUGAUGUGUCUGGGAAAACCUGCAUCGAGACGUCAACACACACACAGACAGAGCUACUUCCAUCCAGCUGGGUUUCUCACUGGGAGAUAUGCAGCCCAGUUCAUCGCCAGACAGACGGAUUUUUCUUCACCAACCUCUCCCCUAUUUUCUUUGGAUGUUUCGACCCAAAAACUACUGAGGCAGCUGUGCCGGUGAUCUCCGCUCUGGAGGUGAGAAGGAAAUAAGGAGACGAGGAAACAAGGAAAAAGGAGACACACAUUCCAUCACAGCCCCUGUGGAGCUGCUGCAGGGACGAAUCUACCAGCCAUGAUUUCUAAUCGUGGGGAAAGGCAGAGCAGCGAGGAGUACGCAGGUAUGCAAGGAAUGAGUCCUCUGAGAGGUUUCCCCUGGCUUUUGAUAUUCUUCUAUGCAGCAGCUGUGUGUGCAGGUGUGGGUGGUGCAAAGGUCGACAACGUGUCGUCAGAAAUCUGUCGUCAUCCAUGCGAAGAGCUGAUGGGUUUGCUCACUGAGAUCUACGGCCUGCGUGUUGUGACUAGCAGCCUGCUUGAAGAUCUGGAGAGAGUAUUAAAAGAAAAUGAAGAGAUGCGGAUAUUUUUGGCCGAGCUGAGCAACAGUCGCAAUGGCAGCAGCAGCAGCAGCAGCAGUCUCAGUAGCGGCAGCAGUGGCAGCAGAGGUGGCAACAACGACGUCAAUGGGAGCAAUGAUGGCCUGGACAAUGAUCUUGACAGAGAUAGAGACGGGGAGAUGUGGUGCGCGCAGGAUAGACGAGUGUACGAACAGGGGGAGGACUGGGAAGUCGACAGCUGCACCUCCUGCACUUGUCAGGAUGGAAAGGCGGUGUGUCAGCAGGUGUCAUGUCCACCCGUCUCCUGCAUCAAUCCGUCUUUUAUCGAUGGGAGAUGCUGCCCUGUCUGUCUCGACAACAAAGAUGGCUGGUCCCCGUGGUCUGAGUGGACCCACUGUUCGGUCACCUGUGGACGUGGAGGCCAGCAGCGAGGCCGAUCCUGCAACGGCAUCAUGCCGUCCUGCAGCGGGCCGUCAGUGCAAACCCGCAGCUGCACGCCGAUGAAGUGUGACCGAAAGGGGCGAGCUGAUGGAAACUGGGGCCUUUGGUCUCCUUGGUCUGCAUGUACAACCACAUGUGGGGAAGGCAACAUCACACGGGUUCGUCUGUGCAACAAUCCUCCGCCGCAGAAAGGAGGCAAAGGUUGCACAGGAAGCACUAAGGAGACACAACCAUGCAACAAUACGCUCUGUCCCAUUGCUGGAGGCUGGACGACCUGGACUGAGUGGUCACUCUGUUCAGACUCCUGUGGUGGAGGGCUCAUGAGUCGCCAGCGAGAGUGUUUGAAUCCCGCCCCUCAGAACGGUGGGAAGCCUUGUGCCGGAGACGCCGUGGACUACGAAGCUUGUAACAAACAGCCAUGCCCAUUAGAUAUGUGCGUGCUUUCAAAUCCAUGUUUUCCUGGAGUUGAAUGUACAUCGAAGAGCGAUGGAUCAUGGGAAUGUGGACGUUGUCCGUUGGGUUUAAGUGGCAACGGCACUCAUUGUGAAGAUGAAAAUGAGUGUGAAGUGGAGGGUGUUUGUGUUACAGAAUGCAUAAACACAGACCCUGGAUUCUACUGUCUGCCCUGUCCUCCUCGCUAUAAAGGCACCCAGCCGUAUGGCCUUGGACUGGAGGAAGCCCUGGAAACCAGGCAGGUGUGCGAACCGUACAAUCCCUGCAAAGACAACACGCACACAUGCCACAGGAAUGCAGAGUGUAUCUACCUUGGCCUGGCUUCUGAGGUCUUGUACAAGUGCAUGUGUGCUGUUGGCUUCGCUGGCGACGGCUUCCUGUGCGGUGAAGACUCUGAUCUGGAUGGCUGGCCCAACAACAGAUUGCCCUGCAAGCAGAACGCCACCUAUCACUGUCAAAAGGAUAAUUGCCCCACGCUGCCAAACUCUGGACAGGAAGACCUGGACAAGGACGGACAGGGAGACGCCUGUGAUCCUGAUGACGACAACGAUAACAUCAUAGAUGAGAGGGACAACUGCCCACUGGUGUACAACCCUCGGCAGUUCGACUCCGACAGGGACGGGAUUGGAGACCGCUGCGACAACUGUCCAUUUGAAAGCAACCCGCUGCAGACUGACACUGAUGACAAUGGAGAGGGAGACGCCUGCAGCAUCGACAUAGAUGGAGACGAGGUUCUGAAUGAUCGAGACAACUGCCCUUUAGUCUACAACACUGACCAGAGGGACACUGACCUGGAUGGUGUUGGAGACCAGUGUGACAACUGUCCCCUUCUACACAACCCACUGCAGCUUGACUCUGACAGUGACCUGGUGGGCGACAUGUGUGACAACAGCCAGGACAUCGACGAGGACGGCCACCAAAACUCUCUAGACAACUGUCCCUACAUCGCCAACAGCAACCAGGCUGAUCAUGACAAUGACGGCAAAGGAGAUGCUUGCGACCAUGACGACGACAACGACGGCAUCCCUGACGACCGAGACAACUGCAGAUUAGUUCCCAACAGGGACCAGUUGGACUCCGACGGCGAUGGCAGCGGAGACGCAUGUUUUGAUGACUUUGACAACGACAGUAUUCCAGAUGCGCUGGAUGCCUGCCCACUGAACCAGGAUAUUGGGUCUACAGACUUCAGAAAGUUUCAGGUUGUUUUAUUGGACCCUAAAGGCACCACGCAGUCGGACCCGCUCUGGGUGAUCCGCAGCCAGGGUACAGAGCUGCUGCAGACUGCCAAUUCGGACCCUGGGAUCGCUUUAGGAUUCGACAAGUUCAGCGCAGUGGACUUCAGUGUGACAUUUUAUGUAAAUACCAACCGAGAUGACGACUACGCUGGCAUCGUGUUUGCCUACCAGUCCAGUCGACGCUUCUACGUCGUCAUGUGGAAGCAGGUGUCUCAGGCUUACUGGGAGAAAAGGCCAUCCAAAGCUUUCGGCACAGCUGGAGUCUCAAUCAAACUGGUCAACUCCAGCACGGGACCGGGGGAGUAUCUGCGCAAUGCUCUGUGGCACACUGGAAACACCAGACACCAGGUCAGAACAUUGUGGCACGACCCCAAUGAAAUCGGCUGGAAGGACUACACAGCCUACAGAAUGCACCUCAUCCAUCGACCCAAGACCGGGUUCAUCAGGGUAGUGGUAUAUGAGGGCAGGGAGAUUUUGUCCGACUCGGGGGCCGUUUAUGACCACACCCUGGCCGGAGGCAGACUGGGACUAUUUGUCUUUUCUCAGGAACAUGUUCUGUUCUCAGACCUCAGAUAUGAGUGCAGAGAUAACUGAAUUAUUUUCCUGGGAUGUUCAGAAAACUCCAACCACAACCCACCAGAGAUCCACAUUAAUUCCAGAAACCCUUAAUACCACUGAGAGAGAAUGAGAGGAUGCACCAGGCCUUUUUACCCCGCCAAGGCUAUCAAUUAGUGACCAUCAUUUAUAUCAGCUUUUUAUGCAACAGUAUCGAUUUCAAACCGUCUCAUUCGCUGUAUAUUUCUGCUCCGACAGCAUCUCUAAUGACAGUAACUUCUUGUUGCUUUUCAUUUGUGCUUUCCUAAUGGUUGUAAAUAAUUAUUUAUUGCCAGAUGCCAGAUAUGAGAGGGACAGAUGCGAGGAUAAAUUGAUGAUGGAGUAAGUAGAGCAGAUGCCUGGCGGUAACUUAUCAAUAAAAGGCUUUUUUUAAUCAA